CGACGAAGAUGGGAACGAAACGCGUGAAGGGAAAGAAGAAGCUGAAGAGCAUCAAGACCAAGCAGACGGAUCUGCAUGGGUCGAAGCGCCGCCUCGUCAAGCUUGGCAAGGAGCAAAAGAAGGGAAUGAAGGGGAUCGUGGCCAACUACAUUACGCGUAGCCAGGCGAUCAAAAAGCUCCAGAUCACGCUCAAGGACUUUCGUCGGUUGUGCAUCCUCAAGGGCAUCUACCCGCGUGACCCGAAGAAGAAGGCAAGCGGCAAGGCCACGACGUACUACUACAUCAAAGACGUCAUGCACUUGGCACAUGAACCGAUUCUCAACAAGUUUCGCGACAUGAAGACGUUCAUGAAGAAGCUGAAGAAAGCUCUAGGUCGUAAGGAAAUCUCGGACGCCCGCCGUAUCAACGAAGCCAAGCCAACGUACCCGUUGGAUCACAUUGUCAAGGAGCGAUAUCCGCGCUUCCAGGACGCACUCGCCGACUUGGACGACGCGUUGUGCUUGGUUCACUUGUUUGCCGUCAUGCCGUCCGUGAAAGGCAUCCAGAGCAAAAUGACGACCGACUGCCUGCAGCUCGUGCGCGAGUGGCAGAACUACAUCGCUGCGAGCCAGGCGCUGACCAAGGUCUUUGUCAGCAUCAAGGGGCUGUACUACCAAGCCGAAAUUAAGGGCCAGACGAUUACGUGGCUCGUGCCGCACACGUUUACGCCAACCAUGGACAAACACGUCGACUUGCGUGUAAUGCUCACGUUUUUGGAAUUCUACCAAGUGCUCCUCAAGUUUGUGCACUUUCAACUGUACACGGAACUCGGCGUCGCCUACCCGCCCAAGAUCGACCUGCAGCUCGAUGCAGCCGGUGUUCAACUCGCUGCGAUGAAGCUGGAGAAAAAAGCCACGGCUGACGCUUCCAACGGCGAUGCCGCCGCCGACGACGACGCUGUCCACACGGACGAGGACGCAGUCGCCAAACAGCAACAGGACUCGGAAGCCCGCAUCAAGUCGCUCCACGUUCAACCUGAAGAUGCCGAUGACGAAGACGCUGAAGCGGAAGCAAGCUACGGCCAAAUGACCGAGUCGCUCACGACCGCCUUCUCGACCUUGACGAAGGACUUUGUGGGGGACAAAGCAGACAGCGACGACUCGGCCAAGCUCUUUAGCGGCCUCCGCUUCUUCCUCUCGCGCGAAGUUCCAUCGGCAUGCUUGGAGUUUGUGAUCCGCGCGCAGGGCGGCGUCGUCGGAUGGGACGGCGCCGGGUCGCCGUACUCGGAGAAGAGCGACUUGAUCACGCAUCACAUUAUGGAUCGUCCGCACCAAGGCCAUCGAUACUUCACCCGCGAAUACGUCCAGCCUCAGUGGGUGUUUGACUCGGUCAACAACCAAGUGCUACUACCGCUUGCCAAGUACGUGCCCGGUGCGUCGCUGCCGCCGCAUUUGUCGCCGUUCGUGGACGAUGCAGCCGAAGGAUAUGUCCCCGACUACCGUAAGCAGUUGGACAAGCUCAAGAGCGCGUUGGAUGCGACGGCCGUCGGCGAAGAAGCGGACCACGCUGCGUCCGACGAAGCGGAGAGCGAGGACGAAGAAGAUGCUUAUGUCCAAGGCUUGAAGGCGGAGGCGGAAGGCGAGGCCGUAGACGCCAACAGCGAAGACGACGAUGACAAUGACUCGACGUCAAAGAAGCGUGCGGCGGCUUCGACUAGCACCAAGCCAUCCAAGAAAGCCAAACGUGAAGCCGAACAAGAAGAACUGCACGACAUGGCGGUCAACAUGAUGAACAAGAAGGCCAAGCGGUUAUACGGUCGGAUGCAGCAUGGCCUCGGGAAGAAAUCGGACAAAAUUAAGGCGCUGGAAGAAAAGAAAAAGGCGCUGGCCGCCAAGGCCAAGAAAUAGUAACCUAUGUAACAUCGAACUCCACCCAAAGAUGGACGUGCUCUUUCGUGCCUGUGGGUUGGGAUGGCCGCACAAAGCGGUCUGCAUGGCCA